AAGAUGGUGCGAAUCAGUGUGCUGCGCGAUUGCCUCAACAACAUUGUGAAUGCCGAGAAGCGUGGAAAGCGCCAGGUGUUGAUCAGGCCAAACUCCAAGGUCAUCAUCAAGUUUCUGCAGGUGAUGCAGAAGCAUGGCUACAUCGGCGAUUUGGAGAUCAUCGAUGAUCACCGAGCAGGGAAGAUUGUCGUGGAGCUCACCGGCCGCAUCAACAAGUGCGGCGUGAUUUCCCCUAGGUUUGAUGUCUCAGUGGCAGGCAUUGAGCAGCUUGCUAGCGAUCUCCUUCCAUCCCGUCAGUUCGGCCACCUUGUGCUGACCACCACUUACGGCAUCAUGGAUCACGAGGAAGCUCGUCGGAAGCACGUGGGUGGCAAGAUCGUGGGCUUCUUCUUUUGAGAUAGUAAGCAAUGGCAUUGUAGUAGUGUGUCGUCGGCUUGGAAAAGAUCGUGCGAACCGAUUUUGAAUCCAUGAGUCAUGAGAAAGAAGACUAAGGGGGUCGAUGAACAAUAGCUUUCUUGAACUUUGGUUGAGGCGAGUCCAUCAGCAUGUUCUCUUGACUCAUUAA